UUUUGAAACGUGUGGAGUAUUAUGGAAGGAGAUAAAUCUAACUCCUAUAAAUAUGGAAUGGAAGUUACAUUCAUCCUAUAUGACAACUUCUUGUUAAACUUAUAAGGAAAGUAGUCAUCUACCAUAAUUAUAGGAAGAUACAAUUUUAGUUGUUUAUCAAAAGUGAUUAUGGAGCUAUGCCAUUCCCUUGAUGCGUAUUGAAAAUUGGGUUCCAUCUGAUUAAUCCUAUAAUGGAUUCUUUUUUUUGUCCCAAACCGCGUAGGCUUCACUUAAGAAAUCAAGCUGAGGUGUUUAUUUCAAAAGGUGGAGCAGAGCUUAUUGAUCUCAUUCACAAAGAGGACGGCAUAGCUGCAACACAAUAUGCAUUAGAUUUGUCAUCAUCCCCGCCUUUCUUCUCUGGUUCACCGCCUUGCAGGGCUAUGAAUCCAUUAAUCCAUGAUGCUAUAUUCGCAAAUGAAAAGCAACACCGUGUUUCUUCAACACCGAGCCCAUCUACUUCAUCUUCGCCUUCUCCAUCACCAAGUUGUAAAGGAAGAUGUGCAACGGCAAGACUUGGGAAACCACAGCCACGAAAUAGAGUAGAAGGCUUUGACUGCCAAAACGCUUGCAUGGCUGCUAUGGUAUAAAUCUUCCUUAACAGUAUAUAAAGGAAUCUUAACAGCUGAACUAUGUAUAUAGACUAUACGACUAGGAAAGAAGAACAAUUUUUGGAGAAUUAGGAUAAAGUUUUGGUUUUGCUUUAAUACUAUUGUGCAAAGAUGUGUCUCUUUUGCACAGAUGGUUAAAAUAAGGUGGGAUGAGAGUUGAUUAUUUUGUUUGGGUGCUUAUGUAAAUGCACUCUAUUGAUUUUGGCGCCCCAAAUUUUUGAUAAUUUGAAUACUAGUUUUCUUGUAUAUAUGAACUUUUGGAAUAGAAAGUGUGAUGCAAGUAUCAUUUUUCUCUCCAGCA